CUCGGCUGAAGCCCAGGGACAGUGGGAUGGAGUCCGUGGCCCUGUACAGCUUCCAGGCUACCGAGAGUGACGAGCUGGCCUUCAACAAGGGGGACACGCUUAAGAUCCUGAACAUGGAAGAUGACCAGAACUGGUACAAAGCUGAGCUCCGAGGAGCGGAGGGUUUUGUUCCCAAGAACUACAUCCGUGUAAAGCCACACCCGUGGUACUCGGGCAGGAUCUCUCGACAGCUGGCUGAAGAGACUCUGAUGAAACGCAACCACCUAGGAGCCUUCCUGAUCAGGGAGAGUGAGAGUUCCCCUGGCGAGUUCUCCGUCUCUGUGAAUUAUGGUGACCAGGUGCAGCACUUCAAAGUGCUUCGAGAGGCCUCAGGGAAGUACUUCCUGUGGGAGGAGAAGUUCAACUCCCUCAACGAGCUGGUCGACUUCUACCGCACCACCACCAUCGCCAAGAGGCGGCAGAUCUUCCUGUGUGACGAGCAACCACUGAUCAAGCCAUCCCGGGCUUGCUUUGCCCAGGCCCAGUUUGACUUCUCGGCACAGGAUCCAUCUCAGCUCAGCCUCCGCCGAGGUGACAUCGUGGAAGUUGUGGAGCGUGAGGAUCCACACUGGUGGCGGGGCCGGGCAGGCGGGCGCCUGGGCUUCUUCCCACGGAGCUACGUGCAACCGGUACACUUGUGACCACACAAGACCAGAGGAGCGAUGCUCUGGGCUCAGCUUCUUCACACUAACCAGGACCAAUAUCGGUCACCACCAGGCUGGGAGCGGAAGCCCCCGCCCGCAGGCCUGACUGCUUUCCAUUGGUCUCUAUGUGUGACAUCACCCGCCAUUGACCAGGCCCAUCCUCUCCAGACUUGAGGACCAACUGCUAAUGGCUGGGGCCCAGCUCAGAAAGCGCUUCCCUUGAGCAGUUUAUCUUCCAAACGCCUUUCAGGUUGUGCAAGUUACCGGGAACUGGCUUAGCCCUGGGCAACCUCAACGUCCAUAAGAGUGCAAAGUUCCUCCCACUCCAACAGCUUGGGGCCUCCUGGCUUUACCCCACCAGCACUGGAAUGAGGUUAUAUAGAGGUGAAUCCCGUUGGAAGAGGCCUGAUAGGGACAGAGGCAAUGUAGUGGGUCCCGUCCUGUUAGCUACAGGCAGAGCCCAGCUUGGAGGCCUUGGCUAUGCAGGUUCAGGAGGAACAGCCAGGCUAUGGCCAGCACUGAGUGAAUGUACAGUGCAUGGGGGUGGUGCCUGGCUAUGGGGGAAUCCUGAGCUGCUGCUACCCAGAGUCAGAGCAUCUGCAGAUUGGGGAAACUGAGUCAGACUUGGCAAGGCCUGGCAUGGUAAUGGGCUUUGAUGUGGGGGUGGGAGAGAGAGAGAGAGAGAGAGAGAGAGAGAGAGAGAGAGAGAGAAGCAGAGACCAAGAGAUAACAGAGACAGAGAGACAGAGAGAGAACCUCUGUGGCUGUCUUUAAGUCCCUCGAAGAGCCCAGGUUGCAGGAACUCGGGGUUCUCCCUGAGCCCAGGGCUGUCCCAAGACCCUCUAAGCUGUGAGCCUGGCAUACCCUAUGCUCCUAACCUGUACCUGCGUAUUCAAAAUAAAACAUUAACCAGUGG